AUGGCAACUACAACCCACUCGUCCUCCUCCAUGACCUCAUCAACACCAACACCUCCACUACCACUACCUCAGAAUACAACAACAAGUACUCAACCACCUCGAAAGAAUGCUCUUCCAUUUCUGAAAGACAUUUCUCCAACGUUGCCAUUCCAUCAAGAAGCAACAACACCAAGGAUACACAAAGGAUUGCCACCACCACCACCAACAACAACACAAUGGAUGCCUUCUUCGUCCUCAUCAUCCUCAUUGAAUCACUCAAGUACCUCAACGAGUCCAUUGGAUGUCUCCUCUCCCACCAUCUAUACAAGUACCAAGGUUGUGAGAAUAUCCUCUCAACAACAACAACAACAACAACAACAACCAAACUCCUCAAUGAUGAUGACAUCCUCUCAUCAGGAGAUGAAUGUAAACAGAAAUAGAAGAUCCUCCUCCAUGUCCUCGACCAUUUCAAGGAGUAGUAACAUGACUACUUCAACCAUGACUUCUGCUGCUGGUUCUUCCAUGAGUGAUACAGAUGUCAUUCCAGGACCUCAAUCAUCCAUAACCAAGAAGAGAAAGACACGGUGUUGCCGAUCCAUUGAUCGAUUGGAAAUUUGCAAAUACUUUUCCAUUAAGGAAGAAGAGGCUGCAAAGGAAAUGAACAUUUCCAAGUCCAAGCUCAAACGUGUCAAGAAAGAGAUGGGUAUUUCGAGAUGGCCCUAUCGAAGACUGGAAGCACUCAACCAAGAACUGAAAGAAGUGAGAGAGUUGAUUCAUGCUUCACAAGAAUCUGAUGUGAAUGGUGGUCAUUGUGCCAAUGCUAGCAGCAGCUCUGAAACGAGCCAAGUGACCAACUUGACACAAUUAUGUCAACAGGAGAAGAUUCUCCAACAAUCGAUUGACUUGAUCUAUCAAAUGCCAAAUAUCAUUGUGAAUCAAAGCAAUGAGAACAUUAAGGAAAUUUGUUUCAAAACCCAACGAAUUUCAUUGAACAAUUUACUCAACCUGUAA